AUUAUUAUUUUCCUCCCUUUUACGACCUCGUUUCUUAAAGCGUCCUUCCGUUCGCUAUCUCUUCUUCUCCUCUUCUCUCCCCUUCUCUCUCUUGGUUUCUCUCUCUAGCCAUCGGCUGCCUCUCUCUCUCUCUCUCUCCUCGCUGCCCCAUAGGUGGACGCGGGUCAACGGGCCGGUCGCCGGCGGCGGCGGCUGCGGCGGCGAGAGGAGGUAGAAGCUCCGGCGAUCGCGAGGGCAGGCGGCGGGUUGGUGCGCUGCCGGCUUCGAGUUCGAGCGGGCGGGCCAUGGGGAGGAACGGGAGCGUCAAGCGUACGUCGUCGUCGGGGGCGGCGGCGGCGUUCACGGCGAAUCCCCGCGACUACCAGCUCAUGGAGGAGGUCGGGUACGGGGCGCACGCCGUCGUGUACCGCGCGCUGUUCGUCCCCAGGAACGACGUCGUGGCUGUCAAGUGCCUGGAUCUCGAUCAGCUCAACAACAACAUCGAUGAAAUCCAACGGGAGGCUCAAAUCAUGAGCUUGAUAGAGCAUCCUAAUGUCAUCAGGGCUUACUGCUCAUUUGUUGUUGAGCACAGCCUUUGGGUAGUAAUGCCAUUUAUGACUGAGGGUUCAUGUCUGCACCUAAUGAAGAUUGCAUAUCCUGAUGGUUUCGAGGAACCUGUUAUUGGCUCUAUUCUAAAGGAAACACUUAAGGCUUUGGAGUACCUUCACAGGCAAGGACAAAUCCAUCGUGAUGUCAAGGCCGGCAAUAUCCUUGUUGAUAAUGCUGGUAUAGUGAAGCUUGGGGACUUCGGCGUGUCUGCUUGUAUGUUUGAUAGAGGUGAUCGACAAAGAUCUAGGAACACAUUUGUGGGAACACCGUGUUGGAUGGCUCCAGAAGUGCUCCAGCCAGGCACUGGAUAUAACUUCAAAGCUGACAUAUGGUCAUUUGGAAUCACUGCACUUGAACUUGCCCAUGGCCAUGCACCGUUUUCAAAGUAUCCCCCUAUGAAGGUUCUUCUCAUGACCCUCCAGAAUGCUCCACCUGGUCUCGACUAUGAUCGAGACCGAAGAUUCUCAAAGUCAUUUAAGGAGAUGGUUGCAAUGUGCUUGGUAAAAGAUCAAACAAAGAGACCAACAGCUGAGAAGUUGCUAAAGCAUUCAUUUUUCAAAAAUGCAAAACCUCCAGAAUUGACAAUGAAGGGUAUCUUAACUGAUUUACCUCCUCUAUGGGACCGUGUAAAGGCUCUCCAGCUUAAAGAUGCAGCACAGUUGGCCUUGAAGAAAAUGCCUUCUUCUGAGCAGGAGGCACUCUCCAUGAGUGAAUACCAACGAGGUGUUAGUGCAUGGAACUUCGAUGUUGAAGAUCUCAAGGCCCAAGCAUCACUAAUUCGUGAUGAUGAACCCCCUGAAAUAAAAGAAGACGAUGAUACUGCAAGAACCAUUGAAGUUGAAAAGGAUUCAUUUUCUAGGAAUCAUUUGGGGAAGUCGUCGAGUACAAUUGAAAAUUUCUUCAGUGGACGGACCUCUACCACUGCAGCAAAUUCGGAUGGAAAAGGCGAUUUUUCAUUUGAAGCUUUUGAUUUUGGUGAAAACAACGUUGAUACUAAAAUUAUGCCCAAUGGGUAUGAAAACGCUAGAUCAGAGAAUAGCUCAUCACCCUCUACAUCAAAGCAAGAUCCAGAGUCAAAAUAUUGGAGAAGUACUUCUGGACAGAAACAACAAACUUCUGGCACUCCAGCUGUCCAUUCUGGUGGGGUUAAUAGCUCAACAACUGAAAAGGGCCAUGGUGUUGAAAGGGAUGCAACUGUUCAAUUGGCAUCUGAUAAACUUAGGACUGAAACGAGAAGAGCAACAAAUCUUAGUGGUCCAUUGUCACUGCCAACUCGUGCUUCUGCAAACAGUCUGUCAGCUCCUAUUCGAUCUUCAGGAGGAUAUGUAGAUUCUUUGGGCGACAAGUCUAAACGUAACGUGGUGGAGAUUAAAGGACGGUUUUCCGUGACAUCUGAGAAUGUUGAUCUUGCUAAGGUUCAGGAAGUUCCAUUGAGUAGCCUCUCCCGCAAAUCACCACAGGCUUCACCACUAAAAAAAUCUGCUAGCGUUGGUGAUUGGUUGGUGAACACUAAGCCAAUGUCUAACAGUCAUCAUGUGAAGGAACUCUGCAAUAGCUCCGUAUCAUCAUCAAUUUUAAUUCCCCACCUUGAGAACCUUGUGAAACAAACUAUGUUUCAGCAGGAUCUGAUAAUGAAUGUGUUAAGUAGCUUGCAACAGAAUGAGAAAGUUGAUGGAGUAUUGUCUGGAAUAUCCCCACAACUCCGAAAUACGGAUAGUGACACAAUGGUUGGAUCAGUUAAUUCUGAAAAAGAACGGUCGUUACUUGUUAAAAUUUCAGAAUUGCAAUCUAGAAUGAUUACUUUGACUGAUGAACUGAUUGCAGCUAAGCUAAAGCAUGUACAGUUGCAGCAAGAGUUAAAUGCAUUGUACUGCCGAGAAGAAAUAGAAGACAUUAGGGAUGAUGACAACGAAGAAACAUGAAGAAACAUAACGCCAGACAUUCGACUGAUAUGAAUUGCCUGCCCUGGCUUGCAUCGAUUGCUUCGCUAACUGCCAGUGAAGAUGAGUUUAACAAGAGAACCUCAUCAACCUGCACUUCCUGAAUCAUAAAAUUGGUAGAAUUCGCAGAAGCCAGCUCAUGCAGGUGCUCUAAGAAAAUUCGUUCUGGGAAGGUUGACAUGCCCUGGCCUGGUGCCAUCAGUGUGUAUAUUAGUUUUUUGUUAAGCUUUCUUUUCCAUUUAUUUUUUCAAUGGUGUUUUGGUGGUCAUGAAAUUAUGGUGCCGUGUAUUUUACAGCUUCGGCCACAACUAUCAUUGAAAUAGCUGUGAUUAUGUAGAUCCUAGGGCGACCCGUUGGUUCUCAUAGCAGAAAAGACAGCCUAAUAAAAUGUAUUUUUUUUCUACCUGCUCUGGUUAUUCUUUUAUUCUUGUUUCAAAUAUGGCGACUUGAAAACUCCAGAACAGUUUGCAUAUCAAUGGAUCGUAUUUAUGAAUAAUGAUUUAGAUU